AUGGAAGCUCCUUCAUGCCUCUCAGUAUCUCAAGACCUCCAACCGCCUGUCAAACGCCCUCCGUUACCUCAAAUGACAUCUUCGGACAGCUACAGACCAUCUCUGCCGCCUCUGACGCUACCCAAAAGCCCUCAGGCAAGCGUUGGCAUGUACUCCAACAUGCCCCUAUCACCAGCUGUACCUCCUGGUUGCCCUUUGCCUCCUCUCACACACGGUGACGGCAUGAUGCCAAUAGCUCCUCCUCAGCAAAUGGUGUCCGCCUCUCCUCCACCCACCCCGACUCAGAACUCUCAGAGUAACGGUUACCCAUCGCCACCCAAGCAGCCCUACCACACCACCUGGACAGGAAGCAGUACGGCGGCGUACACCCCCAAUCCAACGCAACCUAAUGGGAGGGGAAGCCAGCAGCCCCCACUUCACCAUCCCAACCAGUACUGGCCCCUCCACCAGAGCGCCCCCCAAUACCAGCACCCCGUUUCCAAUCAUCCAGGUCCGGAGUUCUGGUGUUCCGUCGCUUACUUCGAGAUGGACGUCCAGGUCGGGGAAAUCUUUAAGGUGCCAUCGAACUGCCCCAUCGUCACGGUGGAUGGAUAUGUAGACCCUUCUGGAGGGGACCGAUUCUGCCUGGGCCAGCUGUCCAAUGUGCACCGUACUGACACCAGCGAGAGGGCCAGGCUUCACAUCGGGAAGGGCGUCCAGCUGGAGUGCCGCGGAGAGGGCGACGUCUGGAUGCGCUGCCUCAGCGACCACGCCGUCUUCGUCCAGAGCUACUACCUGGACAGGGAGGCGGGCCGGGCCCCGGGGGACGCCGUGCACAAAAUCUACCCCGGAGCCUACAUCAAGGUGUUCGAUCUGCGACAGUGCCACCGCCAGAUGCAGCAGCAAGCCGCCACGGCGCAGGCAGCGGCGGCAGCUCAGGCCGCGGCGGUGGCUGGGACAAUCCCCGGUCCUGGGUCUGUGGGUGGAAUUGCACCGGCUGUCAGUCUGUCAGCAGCGGCCGGUAUAGGCGUGGAUGACCUUCGCCGUCUCUGUAUCCUGCGUCUCAGCUUUGUCAAAGGAUGGGGGCCGGAUUACCCGCGUCAGAGCAUCAAGCAGACGCCGUGUUGGAUAGAAGUUCACCUGCAUCGGGCCCUGCAGCUCCUUGAUGAAGUUCUUCAUACGUUACCAAUGGCUGACCCCAAUUCGGUCAACUAG